CUGAAACAUGUUGUAACUAUUGUAAUGUUAACGACGGAUCACUUUUAAUUUGAAAUAUCACCAGAGAUAAUUCACUAAACAGGCUAACUUAUAAAGUAAUGUUAUACUUGAUUUACAAUCAUGUUAUUCUCAGACGUUGUUAGUCAUUUACUUGUAUUUUUUACCCCGUGUCACCCAAUCACCACGAAGAUGAUCCCUAACUGCGGUUGGUGACGUGUUUAGGCACUUGGCGCGGAGGUUUGUUUUGUAACUUCGGUCCCUGGGAUAGUAUAUACAAUUCUCGUCUGUGGGAUCGUCUUUCUAUUCAAAAUGAUGCGUAAAAAGCGACGCUCUACGGCGGAUAAAUCAGAAGGAGCUACUACAAGCACUAAGGCAAAGAAGAGCCGCAGCACCGGUCGCCAAUCAAAGGAACCUGCUCAAGAACAGACAAAUGAAAGUGUGUUUGGCAUCUUUAUUCGAGAGGCUGGUGUCACCCUAAAACAAGGGUGCACAUCCAAUGAAAUUGCUGUCGACCAAGUAGUUUUCCAAAAAAGGAUACAGAAACAACUGCAGAAGAGUCCCAGGUAUCCUGGAAUUGUUCAGGAAUUCACCGCUGGAUUGGAGUCUCAUAUUGAGGAACCUGGGCAGUUUAGGAACUGCCUUCUUCCCUGUGUCCCACGAUUAUCUGAUGGGGACUCCAGUUGUGUCAGCUCAUUUCAGGAAAGUCUGCUCCGCAUGCUGCUGGGGAUUGAAAUGCUGCAGACCUCUAUCAUCAACACAUUGAUCGAGAAAAUCCCAGAAUUUAUGCUUGAUGGUGCUGGAGAUGGAGGCCUCAGUAUUCCUCACAUAAUAAUUAACCAGCUUAAAUGGCUAGACCGCGUUGUGGACAGCAAGGAGUUGGCGGUGAAGCUGAUGGAGCUGGUGUCAGUCGCACCUGUGGAGGUCCAGCGUGACAUCAUCACUAGUCUGCCAGAGAUACUGGAUGACUCCCAGCACAAUGAUAUAGCCAGAGAGCUCAACUCUUUACUCCAGGAGAACACUCAGCUGACUGUUCCCAUCCUGGAUGCCCUCUCCAGUCUGAGCCUUAGUACCUCAUUACUUACUGAGGUCCGUGGAGCCGUCAUGGCUACUUUGGCUGCCGUGCAGCUGGAGGACCUUCCUGUGGUGGUGAAGUUCAUCCUUCACUCUGUCUCUGCCUCUGAUGCUUAUGAGGUGGUGUGUAGUCUUCGUAAAAAGCUGGAGUUGGAGCAGUGUGUUCUCCCUCCGGUGCUGCAGGCCUCCCAGAGCCACAUGAAGAGCAAAGGAUCAGCAGCGUCCUCUUCCACAGCAGCAGGCGGCAGCAGCCAGGACAGCGUUGCAUUGGUAUUGGACGGCAUCAAGUCAGCGGUGCGAUUCCAGAAACUGAUUUCUGAGGCUUUUCUCAAGGCAAUAGAGUCUGUGGAUGAAGAGGAGGAACAUAAGGUGAUAGAUGUGCUGGUGCUGUUCAUCCUCCACUCCACCAACGCCAACCAGAGCCGGCGGGGGGCGGAGCGGCUGCUGAAGCUGAAGGUGAGGAACGGACUGAUCCAGGAGGCUCUGCUCCAGAGGACCUUCAGAGAUUACGCUCAGGUGAUGCGGGGGUAUUUCCCCUCCAUCCUGGCUCUGGCUCAGGGUUUGCUGCGCUCCCCUGACCCCUGUGUGGUGCCGUUUGGAGGACACAUGUACCGACACUCAUUCACUGCUUUUGACUCAUACUGCCAACAGGAGGUUGUGGGCUCUUUAGUGACCCAUGUGUGCAGUGGUGUGGGUGGGGAGGUGGACAUGGCUCUGGAGCUGCUCUGCGGCCUUGUAACAGAGAAGCCUUCAGAGAUGUCCCUGUAUGCUGUUUUCGUCAAGGGAAUCUUGGACUACAUGGACAACCUGACUCCUCAGCAGAUCCGCAGGCUCUUCCACCUUCUGAGCACACUGGCGUUUGGGCAACAGCAGCAGGGAUCUCACAUCCAGGAUGACAUGCACAUAGUGAUCCGCAAACAGCUCUCCAGCACUGUGCCCAAGUACAAGCGAAUUGGCAUCAUUGGUGCUGUCAUGAUUAUAGGCAGCAUGGGGGCCUUCAGGCCUAAAGUGAAGGAGUCGCAGACUGGGUUGUUGCCUCAGGAGACACUCAGACAGGUGACAGCCCUGUUGGAGCUGGUGAAGUCGUGCAGUGAAAGCUCAUCAGAGGCAGCAGCUCUGUACUAUGAUGAACUGGCCAACCUCAUCCUGAGCUCCAUCCUAGACCCACAGGUUCAGGAAAACAUUGGAAAGACUGUCCUGGAUGACUUCCAGGAUGACUUUGUGAUGGAUAUAGGGCCAGAAAUACUGGGCUCUUUCCCCUUCAAGCCCACAGUGAUAUACAACCUGGAUGACGAUGAGAGUCAGGGAGGCAUCGCCAUCAACCUGCUGCCUCUACUGGCCGGAGAGGUCCAGAACAAAGGAGAGCAGAAGAGUCAAACACAGAAGGCACUCAAGCGAGUGUCUCCUCUCUGUCUGUCUCCAUUCUUUCGCCUCUUGAGACUCUGUGAGGAGAAGCAGCACAAGGGAGACCUGGAGGAGAUCGACGCCCUGCUGGGUUGCCCUCUGAUCCUAACGGACAUGGAUGUGGUAAAUAAAAUGGAGAGCCUGUCAAAAGCUGAGAGGGAGUUCAUCUGCACUCUGCUGUUCCACACCAUCAACUGGUUCAGAGAGGUCAUUAAUGCAUUCUGUGGACAAAAAGAAACAGAGAUGAAGAUGAAAGUGAUGACCCGCCUGCAGAACAUCACAUACCUUCAGACUCUGCUGGAGAGAGCUUUGGCAGGAACACCUGGUUACGUUCCACCUGUUGCCAACUUCGAUGGAGAUAGCCCAGAUGGGGUUGUACUCAGUUCUGCUCCUCCUGUGAAGACUAAGAAAGAUGGCAUGGGAAAGAAGAGGAAGGCUCCUGGUAAGACUUCCUCAGAGAGCAGCUCUCAGCUUGAGGAGACUGAAACAGACAAAACUCAGCAGGAGCAACCAGAGAAGGAGAAAGAAAAGGAAGUCCGGCAGGGUGUCAGUCUGCUGUCCUACAGGCAGUUUUUCAGGGAGCUGGACAUGGAGGUGCUGAGUGUGCUGCAGUGUGGCCUGCUGUCCCGCUCACUGCUGGACUCUGAGCUCCACACCAAGGUGCAGGAGGAGGUUCUGCUGGGUCCCGCUGAGCUGGUGUUCCUGCUGGAGGAUAUGCUUCGUAAACUGGAGUUCAGUCUUACAGCUGCCCCUGCCAAGAGGACCCCUUUCUUCAAGGCAAAGACCGAUAAGAGCGUGGGCUUCUCCCAUCUACAACAGAGGAGCUCCAAGGACAUUGCUUCCUACUGCAUCCAGCUGCUGCCCACCCUCUGCUCACACCUUGAGAACUGCCACAACCAUUUCCAGACACUGCUGUCUGAGAACAACGGCGUGGUGGACGGACCUGCCACGGAUACUCAGGAGCACCAGCUGAUGUCUUCCGGUUAUCAGCUGCUCCUUCAGAUCCUGAACACCACUUUCAGCUGGUCUGGAUUCAGCCAGCCAGGACAGCGGAGCUUACUGAAGAAGGCUCUGGGGGUUUUGGCUGAACGACUAAAAGAGGGAAGUGCUGAGUUGACGCUGGAGCAGCUUGUAAAACACAGCUUUAAGUACCUGAUGAACUUCUCCAGCACAAUGCCAAAUCUCAACACAGCCCUGAACCUCUCCCAGCUUCUGUCCACUGUGUCGGAGAGGGGAGGAAACCCUGCUGCCUACAGAGAGCAGACCGCCUCCUUUGCCAAGCGUUUCUUGUGCCAAAACUGGGUGACGGCCAGUGGAGAGAAGGAGCGAGGGAUCAAAUUCAAUGAAGCACUUCAUACAGUCCUAAAAAUUUACCUGGAGCACGUUGAUGAUGUUCUGAAGGCAGUGGAGGAAAUAGCUGCAGAGGGAAUCCCUGAGCUCAUCAACGCAGCAAAAGACGAGAGCUCUGCAUCGUGGCCCACUCUCAACAGGCAGACUUUCGUGGUGUAUUACAGAGUGUUGAUGGCCGAGCUGGAAAAGGCCAUCAGGAAGAUUCCUGCCUUUAAAGUCAGUGACAGCUCUGAGGCUCAGAGUGAGAAGCUGCUGACAUGGAACCUGGCUGUCAGAGAUUUUCAUAUCCUCGUCAACCUAGUGAAGGUGUUUGAUUCCAGGUCGGUGCUCAUUGUGUGCCUAAAGUAUGGCCGCCUUUUCCUGGAGUCCUUCCUGAAGCUUGGAAUGCCACUUCUAGAUAACAGCUUCAAAAGGCACAUGGAGGAUGUCCAGAGCCUGCUGAAAACGUUUCAGCUCAGCACCAGGCAGCUGCAUCACAUGUGUGGACAUUCUAAGAUGCACCAGGAUACAAGCCUGACCAAUCACGUACCAGCCUUAAAGAAGAGCCUGGAGCUGUUUGUUUACCGAGUGAAGGCCAUGCUGACGCUCAACAACUGUCAGGAGGCAUUUUGGAUUGGCAACCUGAAAAAUCGUAACCUGAAGGGUGAAGAAAUUCUUUCUCAACGGUCUCAAGAAAGUGAGGAUGAGGACGAAGAAGAACAACGGCCUCCUCAGGAGCAGUCAGAGGAUGAGGCCCAGGAGACGGACUCUGAGGAAAGUACGAAGGUCAACAGAACGGAAGAUGUGGAUCAAGAUGAUAUCACAGAUGACUCUGACUAACAGAGCAAUCAAUUGUUGUUUUUGUACUUCAACGUUUUUCAUCAAACUUCCUUUUAUGUAUCAAUUUUGAAGUUUCAAAGGCCAGUUCAUGUGCCUUUUUACAUAAACACAUACUAAAAGAUGUAAAACUGUUACUCAAUGGGCCAUGUGCAGGUUAAAGAUCAAUGAUGUCAAUAUACAGUCACAAUUCAUGUAUUUCUACUAAAGUGGCAAUAACAGUGUUAUGCAACAUCCAAAAACAUUGCAUUGUGAGUUGCAUUUUUGUACAUUUUGUUACUUUUGAAGAUAAAACAUGCCUAAUAAUUAGGUGAUUUCAUAUAAAGUGGGGUUCUUGAAAAGAGGGUUAAAUGUUUUAAUCUAAUUGUUUGCCGACAAAAUAAAAUAUAAAUCGUUGCAAAAGUGUUAUGUCUGUUAUGUCGUUCAGUAAUAAAUCUAUUUCUAAUGCUGAAA